CUGUUUCACCAUUAUUAUACACAUAUAUAUAUAUGUAUAAACUUCCAUUGGAGGGUGCAGAUCAAGGGAUGAAGUCGUUAUCAAGUUGUGAUAACGAUAGCAUCAAUUCAUCAUCAAAGCUAUCAUCCAUGCACAGGAACUCGCAUAACUGCGGCAAGUCGUCGUCGUCGCAGCCCAAGAUACGAAUUAUUCACAUUAUUGCACCGGAGAUCAUAAAGACAGACGUGGAGAACUUUCGUGAUCUCGUGCAAAGGCUCACCGGCAGGCACGCCGCCGCCGAUGAAGGGAAAGGAAGCGGCGGCUGCAGCUCUAAGAUCAACGCGGAAUCGCCGCCGGCGGAGCGGAUGAAGAUGAUGAGGAGUCACCUUGGUAGGAUGAAGGGCGAGAAGGAAGAUGAUGAACAUCAAGUAUAUGGAGGUGGUUUUGGAAUGGAUGGCUUUGUUGUUGAAGAUUUUUGUCAAUUGCCUGCUGCAGUGUUUCCUUUCAAACCCUCCCAUCUCAAUGCAGUUUUUGGUGAGAUGCCACUUUUCUAGGGUUUGGCUCCUUGUUUAAUUUUUUUUUAGUGAAGGCAUCUCCUAUCUCAGCGAUCGUUAUAAGACUAAUUCAGAUUCGACUCCUCUGCUUAAUUUGGGAUUGACGGUAACAAGACAGAUUUCUUGAUCUUGGAGUAUUUAGGUUUGAUCUUGCUCAAAAACAUCACGAUAGAUGGAGUUUGGACUGAAUUAAUCUUAUUCGGUGAAAGACAAAAAAUGACUUUUAUGGCACAAAGGAUCUCUUCGACAUUUAAGUUAUGAGUUAUGACUUCAAAUCUUGUUGAAUAUAUUUAUUCAUGUGGCAUUAAUGCAUUAUGUAUAGGUCACUGUAUUAAGCUAAGCAGUAAUUGUUAACGUUUAGAAAUUGGUAAUGUGUUAAUAUAUUUAUGGGAUAGGAAUUGUUUUAAUAUUGUUCCGGUAAGGAGUUGAAUAUUUUGUUAUAUAUAAUUAAUUACUUCUGAA